AUGACGGAUCCGUUAGAACAGAGGUACGCAGUGAAAUUUUGUGUUCUACUCGGCAAAAAUACUGUGGAAACCAACGAGAUGAUUAAACAGGCCUUCAAGGACAAAGCCUUGUCCGAAUCCUCGGUCAGGAAGUGGCACAAGAUGUUCCGUGACGGAAGGGAAGAGGUGACCGACGAAGCCCGCUCUGGCCAGGCCAAAGCAGGAGUCCCGCUGGUCCCGCAGCCUCCCUACAGUCCUGACGUCGCCCCGGCAGACUUCUUCUUGUUUCCCAGCAUCAAGUCGAAGCUCAAAGGCAAGCAUUGGGGCACAAUUAAGGACAUCCAAGAAGCUACGACGAGGGCGCUGAAGGACCUACCCGUUGACGUCUUCCAGGGGGCCUUCCGGGCAUGGAAAACUCGCCUACAAAAGUGCAUCGAUGCUGAAGGGUGUUAUUUUGAAGAGUACUAA